AUGGGUUCCAGCUCAAAACGGAAGAAGGAAAAGCAAAAGGACUUUCAGAAACCCAAGCUGAAGGUCGGCAAGGCCAGGGCUAAGCCGGAGAACUUCACCGAUACCAGUUUCAAGUCCAAGUCCAUUGUCCUCAAUCAACAAUCUUUACACCUCAAUGCCCCCUCCUCUAACAGUGUCUUCACCCACAAUCUCUCUCUCCUCACCUCCAAAUCCGACAGCCAACCCAGUGAGCGUGAUGCUCCCUUCGCUUCUCCCCUCAUUCUCGAUGGGAACAACAAUGUUCGCACUCAACUUCUCAAACUCCUCCGCACUCUGCCACGCCACGACAUCGAAGACCAUGUUGCGCAGCUCCUCCCUUACAUUCGCGCCGGAAUGACCCAUCUGGCCGCAGAUAUCCGCGUGUCAGCCGUGGAAAUCCUGUCUUGGAUGGUCGAGGCCGCAGGCGAACAGGUGGUUUCCUGCGCAGGUGGCUGGAUCAAGACACUCAAUUGUUUCCUUUCUGUUCUCGGAUGGCACACGGAAGAGUCAUCGAAGUGGUCGUCGAACCGCGCAUCAUUCGGCAAAUCUGGAAGUCAAGGCCGACCGAUGGUGAAAGUUCUCGGCGCACUGGCUGAGUUCCUCGAUGCUGGAAUCGGACAGCACGACGCCGAUGACGAUGAAUCGCCAGAAGACGACGGUUCCUCCUCUACAUGGCCCUUCCCGCUGUCCUGCACCGGUCAACAUAUGAUCUCGGACUCAUCUGCGCCCUACGCCUACCUGAACCUCUUCGGACAGCCGCGCGACGAGGAGGGCGAAAUGUACGAAACCCGGGAGGACCGAUUCCGGGUCUUCUCCAAUCGUUUUAUGCCUGUCAUUGAGCGUGGCGUGAAGAGUGCCCGAGAGGAGGGAGGUGAAAUGGGCCGUGCUUCGUCUGGCGUGAGCAAAGUACUGAAAGAAGCUAUUUCGUAUGGACCCGGUGCAUGA